GGAGCCGAUAGGAGCAGUAAGGAGCCGACGGGAGCUGGAAUGAGCCGUUAAAACCUUAAGGAACCGAUAGGAGCUGUAAGGAAUCGUUAGGAUCCGUAUGGACCCCCCAAGGAACCGAUAGGAGCUGAAACUGCAAAACAGCGGCUGGCUGCCUAUCUUAUCGGCUGCUUCUCCAUUAUCAGGGGGACAUUUCUCUUUUGUGUGUUUUUUUUUUAAUUUUUUACUUUUUUUUAAUUCCAUAUCUUGAAUCACCGAGUGUUACAGACGGAGCUGUUUUUAUUCUUAAAAUCUCAUUCAGCAUCAGAGCAACUUGCCAUGAGCAUCAUCCGGCUGGAGACCUGAACAGUCGGGUCCGGACGGGGAGAAGAUGCCUCAUGGACCGCUCCAUCACCACCAGUGCGCCACUUCAGGGCAUCCCAAGCGCCCAAUAACGGAGGAGAAAUGCCGAGGUUUAGCAUCAAAUGGCUGGCCGUGGUGGUGCUGAUUCUGGUGGUCGGCGGAGCUUUCCUCUUCUGCGAGUAUCUCAUUUACUUCCCGACCAUCCUCAAGUGCGCCUGGCCGAAGGUCAGCCAUGCGCGAGGCGGCGGAGAGGGCAUCGACGGCCAGCCGACGGACGCAGCGGUCCGCGCCAUGGUGCUGUCCGACACCCACCUGCUGGGAGCUGUGGGGGGGCACUGGUUCGACAAGCUGAGGAGGGAAUGGCAGAUGGAGAGGGCUUUCCAGACCGCUCUGUGGCUGCUCAGGCCCGAAAUAGUGUUUAUUCUCGGGGACAUCUUCGACGAAGGCAAGUGGAGCUCGCAGAAGCACUGGGAGGACGACGUGCGCCGCUUCCACAGGAUGUUCAGACACUCCACUGACACCGAGCUCGUCGUGCUGGUCGGAAAUCACGACAUCGGUUUCCAUUAUGA